GGCUGCGUUGGCGUCCAGCUGUGCUGAAUGGGCAGUGAGUGGCUGCUGCCCUGUGGGUGGGGGACGGGGCUCCCCAUCAUGCCAAGGUGGUGCUCCUGGGGGAGCACCAGCUCCAGCCCAGCGGUGCCCGGUCACAGAUGCUCCCAGGCAGGGCUGUGUUGUCUCGUACACAGUGCUUUAUUAAUAACCCUGGUUAAUUGUAUGAAGUCCUUGCCCUGCCGCGGAGCCGAGGGGCGGUGGAGCAGAAGGGAACGGGCUUUGUCCCCCCGCCCAGCCCGGGGGCGGUGCGGCACGGCCGGAGCUCCCCCCGCUCAGCCUCGUCAGUGUCCGCUGGAGCGGGGCAGAGCCACCAUCCCGCGGGGCUGCGGGGCCAUGCCCGGCCCGCUGCUCUGGGCGGGCUGGCUGCUGGCCGCCGGCUGCCUGGUCGGAGCCACGGGCAGCUGCCGGCACCGCUGCUGCCCCGGCAGGAACAACGCCUGCUGGGCCCCCGGCGCCCGCCGGGCUCGCUGCUACUGCGACUCGUACUGCCAGCGGACCGGAGACUGCUGCCAGGACUACCUCGCCACGUGUCGCCGUGCCGCGGUGGGCUGUGCUGUGGGGCCCUGGGGGCCGUGGAGCGGGUGCAGCUCCCCGUGCGGGGUCGGCAGCAGGGCCCGCAGCCGCCAGGUCACGGUGCCGCCGCGGCUCGGCGGGGAUCCCUGUCCCGACCUCCAGCAGCGCCGCGGCUGCCUGGGGCAGCAGCCGACCUGCGGCACGGCCGAAGCUGCUCUUCUGCCUGCGGUAGCCAAGAUACUCCCCAGCUCCUUCAGCCAGGCCUUCAGAGAUCCCUGGCGAAGAGCGGGGCUGCCGCUGCCGGAGGAGCCCUCUGGCUCCCCCCUCCCCGGCUACUGCGGCUAUUUCCGCCUGGCGCGGGUGGGACCCCGGUGCCGCGGGCUGCAGCGGGACAUGCGGGUGUGCGUGCAGUGCUGGGGGAACCCGUCCCAACGCCCACCCCGCUGCACUGGACACGGCCUGCAAGGAGCCAGGACAUUUUGGGUGGCAGCUUCUGUAGUGGGGUGCCAGGGCUCGUGGGUGCAGGAGAGCCUGCAGGAGGGCUGUGUCUGCUCCCCACCAGCUCUCAUCUUCGUGUAGGAUCCCCCUGGGAAGGUGAGCUGAGCCUCCCCAUGGCACCACUCCCUGUUGGGGAGGUGGGGAAUUAAAUAAAAAUGUGGUCUCUUUCAUAAUUUCACCCUACUGCAGGUUUGCUGUUCACCCUUGGUGCCAGCUCCCUGUUUUCCAUUAAAUACUUUGCUGAAGAAUGGAAAAACCCUUCUUAUAAAGACUAAAAAUAAGGGAAUUGCUGAAGUGUGAUGAUUAAUGGUAGAAGAACAGCAUGAUGAGGUUAAGGCUGGGUGAGCAGAUGAUGUCAUGCUCAGCCAUGACAUCAUGCUUUCAAAGAGCUGCAACUGGCAAGCAGCAUGAGGAUGGAGGCAGCAUCCCUCCUCUCGUCUGAGCUCACUCACUGCAGCACCAGGUGAGCCAUGCAGGGCAGCUCAGCCCUGCUUUGCAGAGAGGAAUUAAAGACACCCAAAGUCUGCACACGGACGAUGGUGCCAGUGCCCAGUUCCAGCCGUGGGGCUCAGCAGCUCCCACUGGAAGGAGUGAGGCUGGGCUGGGUGCUGCUGCUGCCCUUCCCCAGUCCUUGCCCAGUAUGACACGAGCUUGCUGGAGGGGUCCCUGCUCUGGCUUUGGAUGCUGCUACCACAGCCUGUGGUGGGAG